AUGUGGCGUUCCAGUAGACACCUGAGUUCCCCUGAAUGGCCCAGAACCAGCCCCCUGGGUCCCAGUGAGAGGAGGCAAAGGAAAAACCACACCAGCAAACUGCAAGAGCUGGCAUUGCUGCUGCCCGUGGCCCUGAAGACGGGUACCAAGAAACUCACCAAGAAGGAGAUUCUCCUGCAUGUCCUGCACUAUAUUCAGUACCUACAGAAGAACAUCGAUGUGGCCAAGGCCUUGCUCACAUUCCACACGGUCAACGGGGAAGGUGGACUUGGGGGGCUGGUCCGGAACCAGGCCAAGGGCCUGGCAAGGCUGAGACACUUCACCCCUUCGCGUUCCCCACACUGGAAGAAGUCCCGUCUUCAGGGAGCCUGCCGCAAACCUCGGAAGAAGAAACUGACUGGAUCAUCAGGUACUAGUGAGGCUGGACAGGAAGCUGGGUCAGAUGGCUCCUUAUCCCGAGCCCUUCUCGCUCCAGUCAGCAACCCAGAGUCCCUGACCAGGCUUUACGAACGCCAGACCCGGGCCCAGAAGCCUCGGCGCUGCCUGGCCCUGGACAAGCCCAAGAAGUGGGUGACGCCAUCCCCAGACGAGCAAGGAGGAAAUGUGGGGAGGACCAGCGCCCCUUCAAGAUGCACCACCUUCUGCAGUCACCCCAAAGUUGCCUCAGCCCCACCUCCAGAUGACAGAAAGGGAGGGAGAUCCCGGCUGACGUUGUUGGACAUGGCUGAGAGCAGCGUCCGCUGUGACAUUUCAAGCUGCUGGUGCAGAGUCAGUGCCCAGGGUAAUGGGCCCUACCUUGACUUCAGGGCCCAGCAAGGGGCCGAGGGGAUCCAUUUUCUCAACAGGACACGGCUGUGUCCCAGGCAGAAGACGGUGUUCUACGAUUCCAGCGAGGAGGUGGACAAAGAGUCCCCAGAUGCUGACCCUUGGCUUCCUGCCUGGACCCCAGAGGGCAGCCCCCAUGGGUGCUCGCUGGCCUUGGGGCCUCCCCAGAGUAACAAGUUAGCGGUGACAGGCCACCCGAGUGAGAUCCUAGGGCUCAGCCCCUCCCUCUUCAACUCCCCAGGAAACAUGCUGCCAGAACAGAUCCUGGAGGAUGGAACCGGUACUGAGUACCUGACGCAAGCUCUCUUUGAAGAAGCGCUCCUAGAUCCUGAGUCUUCACCCCCCGAUGGCAUGCUUGAGGUGCCCCAGAACGAGGAGACACCCCCUGGGGCCCCCGAAGGCCCCCCCGACCCCCACCCCCUGUGCCCGUCCUCCAUCUCGCUGGACCACUGCUACCUGUCGCUGAGCGAGGCCAGCAAGGCGCCGUCCAGCUCCAGCUCCGAGGACACGGACGAAGAGUCGGUGUGGAGGCAGCCGGAGGACACCGAGGCCGACCCCGAGGGCCUGCAGUCCUCCAGUGAUGAGGACGGAGACUACACGUGGACCCCCACCAGGCGGGCCUCGACCCUGCCCCCGGCCGGGAGAAAGGCCAGGAAGGGCCAGGCAGGCAAGAGCCAGGCGAAGCCCAAGGAAAACAUGAGAGCCCCCUGCCCUGCCCAGAUGAAGAAAAAAUGCGUCAAUGGCUUCAUCAUGUUCUGCAGGAUGAACCGGAAGCAGUACAUCCGAGCCUGCCCUGGGACCGCGUCCACGGCCGCCACCAAGGAGCUGGCCCAGCUGUGGCGGGUGAUGACCCAGCAGGAGCGCAGACCGUACUGCGUCAAAGCGCGCAGGUUCAGCCUCCAGCACAACCGGAUCGUGAAGCGGGAUAGUUCCAGCAGCGAGGACGAGGACUGGGGGCCCCCCAAGCCCUUCUACCAGCUGAUGGCCGAGAAGGCCGGCUCCUCCCCAGACCUGGCUUCUCUGCUGCCCCCUCUCCGCGACUGAGAGGGUGACCCUGCCUCGCCUCUCACAGCUCCCGCAGCUAUGGUUUGUCCCCUCCUGGGCCUCACCCCUCCCCCAGCAGGUCCCUUGGCCAGUUCCGGUGAGGCCGGGAGGGGGCGGCUUAUUUAUUGACUCCAACGCUUUGUGAGCUUGCCCCCUCGUGCUAGAGCGGCCUGAACUGUGCCUGCCCGCAGCCCACUGCCCUUCCCUCACCCCCUUUCUAGCAGGGGGUGUAUCCGGGGAGCCGCAGGGUGGGAGGAAGCAAGCUCUGAUGAAAUGCAGCAAGGUGAAGGUUACGAGGAGGGGCUCACCUGCACUUCCUUUGCCCACCCCAGAAUCCAGUGGUUUCAGUCCCGUUCAUUCUUGCCUCACCCCACUCCCCCUCCCCUGUUCUAUUUAUAGAUUAUUUAUUGUU